AUGGACGGAGGCAAUCGAGAUGAGGAGGAUCGGUUGGGGCCCGCAUCGAUACCCUUCUCCGACCUGCAACCGCCCCAUCUGCAUUCCAUCCACCAGCACCAACAGCAGCAUCAUCACCACCACCACAACCUCCGCCAACAGGCCGACCCGGUCCACCACCAGUACCACCACGACUACUCCCUGCGACAGCAUCAGGAGCAACCGCACCGCCGCGAGCACCCCGAAGCUCAUUCUCCUUACCAUCACUACCAACAGCAUCACCGCCAGUACUCUGAUGAAGCGGCCCUGCCGUCACCUUCUCUCUACGACUCCAGGCCCGGUCAAAUCCCCGUCGCGUCCUAUGCCGCCAGCAACUUCGACGCUGUAGCCGCCAACGCCGCUUUGGGUGUCGAUGCCUUUGCCGAUCCCACCGACCCCGACGACUUCUAUCGCGACUAUCGUGGCGCCUCCCCUACCCAGCCUGCCGGCCUAGUAUUCUCACCAGACGACCUCAUGGCCUCUGGCCCUACGGCUGGCCGCCAGAACUCCUCGCUGCGAUCCAACAGCAAUGGCACCACCCCGAGACACCCGCCUGUGCCCCCCGGCCGCCAGGGUCUCCGCUCCGGAGUCAGGUCGGCCUCGAGUCCAGUCGAUGACAAAGCUCUGACCGGCACGGCGAGGACUGGGGCACCUCUGACGAAUGGCUAUUCUGGUCUUGCCAAGACCAAUGUGAAGGAUUUGAAGAAGCGGUUCGAUGCGACGACGCCUCAGCCUUCCUCGGCGAUACCACAGCGCAAGAUCAUCUCGCGUAGCUCACCCAGGGAUGCAUCCUCGAGCUCUAUACCCACGAGGUCUUCGGGAUACGGGACCAGUCAAACCUCUUACCAAGCGCUACGUUCGGGAGCUGCCGCAGACACGACUCGACCGGCAGCGAGUCGAGGAACGCAACGACAAAAGUUUGCGGCCGAGGAUCAGCUAUCGAGUAACGCGCAGUCGUUUGCCAGUCGCAUAAAUAGGCCACGAACGUCGAUAUCGUCCAAUAGCCAAGCGUCCAAGUCCAUGACCCAUCUCUCGCCGAAAAGCUCGCCGAAGCCGACCAUCGCCUCCCCUACCUCCACUCAUUCAAAUGGCUUGCUCUUUGGAGAAAUACUGCCUGACCAGAACGACACCUACACAGCAGGAUUCGGCAUCGAGGGUUCACGGCAGCGGAGGACGUCCGAAUCAAACCUACGAGAUUCAAUACGGCCUCGCCAACGAUCGAGAUCCGACGCGCAGCCAGAGCCAAACUCGCCUACCGACUGGUACCGUGGUGUCGCGUCAUCGAGGCCGCAAGCGGAGCAGCACAGCGCCUACAAGGGCAGUGCAACUCACAAUAGGUCACAGAGCGAUGUCGUCGGAUCAAAGAUUACCACGGCCCACCCUAUUCACAUAUCUCAGCAGUUAGCUGUGGAACAGAGGUCAGAUUCACAGGCCAUCUCGCCGACCUCGCGUCUGCCAGUUUCCGUGAGGAAGCUGAGCACCAUAUCAAAUCCCAGUAGCGAAGCCUCCACGCGAUCAAGCUCUCCGUCUACAAAACGCCCACCCACGUCCGUAAAAACCUCAAGGCACCAGCCGCCACCGGUAUCAAGAGCAAAGACACCAGUCCGGCGCGCCGCGACCCCUACUACAACGACAACCCGCUCGAAGACUCCAACCAGCGGCCGACCUCCCUCAUCGACCAAGAAGCAGCCUCCUUCCCAGAUCGCAACGAGCUCAGGGAAUAAUCGGUUGAAUGCCUACAUCACUGCACCGCCGCCCAAACUCUCCCCGACCCUGCGAAGCUCGCGACCUCGCCAACCAGUGUCCACUGCAUCCACAGCCAGCUCGCGAAUGAGGGCCGUGGAUAGGGCCAAGUCACCCGCACCAGCCCGCGCGAGGGCGAAACGGGAUGAGUCAGCAACGAGGAGGAAGAUUGAUGUCGGCCCUAUCGACUUUGCCCAGCGGCGAGAGACCAUCAGGCUAGCGUACAGCAGGUCAAUACGUGAGAGAGACGCCAAGGAGGCCAGGCAAGCGGCGGCCGAGCGAAGGAGGAAGGACAUGGAGAGGGUCGCGAAAGCUAAAGCGGAUGCCGAGGCCGCAGCGCUCGCCCAGGAGAAGGCUGAACGUGCGAACGAGGAGGCGGAGAAAAGCCGCCAACUAGAGAAACCGGACAAGGGCAUCAUCUCCGGUACAGAGUCCCCCAUCAGCACGAGAGAGGCUGAUGACGAGAGCCCAAUUCUGGGCCGUCUGAAGUUGGCCACAUCGCCUCUCGAAGAGACGGUCAAAGGCUCCCCGACACUCGGCAUUCCUGGCAGCUUUCCCAGCUACAACUCUCCAAAGUCCGACCAGGAAGAAAUCCCACAAUCGGCCAUAUCCACUACGUCGGCAAUCACAGAGUUUGAUAACGAGACACAAACCGAGCCGCCAGUACAGGAACCUCUCGAAGCUCCACAACCAGAGCCGAGCGUGCCCAAGCCGCAGCCUAUACUGACCCAUCACGAGAGGGCUACAUAUCGGUCACCUUUCGAGGUGGCCACUCCAGAUACCGAGUCACCGCGAUCUGCAGAAAUCGGUGUGGCUUUUUCGCCUGGUUUGCCGUCCCAUGACAAGGUCGAAUACCGCUCGCCUUUCGAGGAGACGGGUAUGCAGGAUGACAGCGCGUCUAUCCAGAUCUCGCUUGAUACAAUGCCUUCACCACAUCAAAAGUCUGUUGACGAGCAUGAAGCUUCAGUGGACAAUGUCGAGUUCGACAAUGUUCCUGUUGCGCUAGAGCUCUCGGGAGAUGAUUACCAUCAGGGUCAGUACGUUGAGGAGCCCGACCAAGCAUACGAGGAAGAAGAGGUAGAGAGACAAUCUGAGUCCGACUACCCCACGAUAACGCCUUCUGCAAACCUGGGCGAAUUGCUGCGCGGCGAAUUUGCACCAGGCGGCGGACCCGAGCCGAUGCUGGAAACGGCAGACAUAGAGCCAGACUUCGAGGCCCAGCCGUACUCUCCUGACUCACAUCACACCACCGUCACCAUCGUGAGCCGCGAUUCCGAUUUUGGCGUUGGCGGAUCGGACGCUGGAGACGACUCGAGCGUCGCUAAGAGGGCCCAUCUGGAAAAUUUCGAAGGCUUCUAUGGAGGUACCUCCCUCAGGGACAACGUCGCUGUUCUGCGAGACUCGGCAUUUGCUCCUUCCGAGUUCUCAGACGAGCCAGUCCCGAGCUCGGGCGAGUAUCAGAGAACACCGGAAACGUCCCACAGCCUGACCGUUCCGGCCUUGGCCUCUCCUGCCAACAGGUCGAGUCAGCAAUCCGGGUGGACCGACUUUUCUGUCGAUAGCAGCGAUGGACAGGACUGUUCUGCCAGGGAAUCGACGGGUCGCAACAGCGGGUCAGUAGUCGUCACACGGCGGCCAGUGCGACCACCUGGAUCACGCCCUGAGUCUGGCUCGGAAGAGCCUGGCUACCAGGAGCCUCAGUACAGCCCCGAGCUGUCACCUCUGGACGAGUCACAGCCUCGCGUGUCAUACGCAAGUCAACAUCAGCUCCCAGAGCUCGACACUGGUGAUGGGUUCUCGAUACCAUACCUUUCGGAUAACGCAGCGACUCAAUCGGCCCCAAUGCUGCCAGAUCAUAGCCCCCCUCCAAUUCCAACAUCAGCUCAGCGAUCCCUCCACGAAACGGCACGUAGCUCGUCCAUGGGAUACUAUGAGCAGAUGCGAUCAAGCACCUAUUCGCAUUCCAUUCCGGGCGAACAAGGCUCAUCCGGGUUUGCCCCCUCGAGGCCGGAGAGCCACGACUUCACGCCUGACUUCUCGCAAGCGGCGUCCACACCCCUGUCUGCCGAGAGACCUUCACUCGAGCCAUCUCUUCGUUCUAUUGGCGGCGACACUUUGUUUGAACAGGACCGGAAGAUGCAGGACGAAGCCACUGCUAGCAGAGAAAGCAUCAGCAAUGAAAAGCAAGCCCCGCCGAGCAAGGAAAAGAGUCGUCUCACCCAGCGACAGAUGGUCAUCAGGGAACUAGUUGACACGGAGGCUGUCUUUGUCCGAGACAUGAACAUCGUCGAAGAGAUUUACAAGGGCACUGCCGACGCAUGCACCAAGCUGGACACGCAGACAGUCAAGCUGAUCUUCAGAAACACGGACGAGAUCAUCACUUUCCACACGUCCUUCUUAGCACAACUCAAGGAUGGUGUCUCGAGCGUGUACUCGCCCAAAGGAGGGCGAUCGCCUCCACCAGUUGACAGUCGCGAGGAUUCCGUCAUCUCUGAUUCAAUGACUAUCAAUUCGAACGCGGCAAGCGGCGCACUCGAUGACAUUAAAGAUAGACAGACAUCAUUGGGCCCUCUGUUUAUGGCCAAUAUCGAAGCCAUGCGGGCUGCUCACGAGGGGUUCCUGCGGACUAGUGACCAAGCUGCCAAGAAACUGAUCCAGAUUCAGGAGGAUCCCACAGUCAAGGUCUGGCUCACCGAAUGCAAUGAGGUGGCCAAGGAUCUCACGGCUGCAUGGAACCUGGACUCACUUCUGAUCAAGCCCAUGCAACGCAUCACCAAGUAUCCCAACCUGAUCACGCAGCUGCUUCAGCAUACGCCUUCCGAUCACCCAGACCGAGACUCGCUCAUGCAGGCGCGCACAGCUCUGGAGAAUGCCAUUCUUGAGAUCAACAAGACCAAGAAGAACUUUGAACUGGUCGGUCAGAUUGUUGGCAGGAAACGCAAGGAGUCUGACGUCAGGGCUGGCUUUGCCAGGGCGUUUGGCAAACGUGUCGACAAGCUGCAAGCAUCUGGCAGCAGGCCUGCAGAAGAUCCCGAGUAUCUGAAGCUGCAUGAGAAAUUCGGCGACGACUACCUGCGUCUCCAGGUCGUUCUGAGAGAUGUCGAGUUCUACACACGGCAAGUCUCGGCCUACGUCCACGAGUUUCUGCAAUACCUGUCCGCUAUGGAGCUCGUCAUGCGGCUGCAGCCCUCUCCCUGGCCUGAGCUAGAGAGCAAGUGGGCUCGUUUCAACGUUUCCAUGAGGGAUAUCCAGAAGGUGGCAUUAGAGCAACAUCUCUCCCAAGUUCGGAAGCAGGUAAUUGAGCCGUUCGAACAGGUCAUCAAAUGCUACAGCAAUCCCUCGCUGGCGAUGAAGAAGCGCGCUAAGAGACGUCUGGACUACGAAAAGGCUGUCCAACUCAAGAAGGGCGGCAAGAAGGUCGACAAGCAACUCACAGAAUUUGUCGAGCAAUACGAGGCGCUGAAUGAGACUCUCAAGAAGGAGCUGCCCAAGCUCUCGGCCAACACCGAGAAGAUUGGUAACAUCUGCCUCGCCAAUUUCGUCAAUAUCCAGACAAACUGGUUCUCGAUCUGGAAGGAGAAAGUCAAGGUGGUACUCGACAGCCAGCAUGUCCCAGAGCUCUCGGAGAUCACCACUACGUUCCAUCGAGAAUUCAAGGAGUUGGAGGAGCAGAUCAACAGCCUUGGCAUUCUCAACCCCACGCUCAAGCCGCGGACGUCGCAGUCCACUACUGAUGGAGAUGUGGGGAGAUCGAGACCCCGUCCGUCGGAUCUGUCACCUCGUGGCCGAGGCCUCUCGCAGAACAGCGAUCUAGCGCCUACACUUCCCACACCUGACUUUGGCCGACGCACCAGUGGUCAGUUCGUCAUCACCACAGGCAACAUCAUGGGUGGACCUCCGAGUGGCACGAUGCCCAGUAGUCCACACCACUAUUACUACAGGGACUACUAUGCAGGCAUCAACACCAGCAGCAGCAAUGCCGGUCAGAGUGGACAGCCUCUCACCCCGGAGCUAGGCUCCGCAAGCUCGCGUUCAGUGGCCGGAGGAUCGGCGCGCCCUAGCACCGGCCGCAGCUAUGAUUCCAGCGUUCUUCCCCGCCAGAGCACCGAGUCCGGCCCUGCACCGCCAACGCAGCCCCCGCCAGCACCCCCAUCGGGCAUGCAGAGCAGGAGAGAUUCUGGGUCCACUUACAACUCGAACUACCCGCCCAACUCUUCAGCAACAGCUGGCCAAGAGAGCAGGCGCUUCUCGGGACUGUUCCACUCGGCGCUGCCGUUGCCCGACGACGCAGAGGACAGCAGGAAGUCUUCUCGUGCCUCGUCUCGCGAGCGCGGCGGAGACCGGAACGCCGGAUACAACGUCAUGUGGCUGGCGGCAUCGCUGUUUGAGUUUAACAUCGAGACGACGAAGCACGAGGCCGGAUACCCCUACCUGACCUACCAGGCGGGCGAGAUCUUUGACGUGAUCGCUGAGAAGGGCGAGCUGUGGCUGGCCAAGAACCAGGACGACCCGCACGACCAGGUCGGCUGGAUCUGGAGCAAGCACUUUGCCAAGCUGGCUGACUCUUAG